GUAAAUCAGAAGCACCUCCAGAAGAGCAUUCAUAGCAUGCCUUUUACUACCUUGAUGUUGACAUUAAAGAGAACACUACUAGUAGGUCAGGAAUAUAGCCCCAGUCAGCCCGGUCUCCCUGAGGUAAAUACUAGGCUAUUAGAACCAUACCACUCCACUAUCAAUGUUAUUGCCUAAGGCGGACUCUUCGGUGUGUACACGUUGGCACCCUGGUCUCUCGUGCACUCACACACAGUGUGGCCUUAUAAGGUGUCCAGUGCCUGCUAGGUCUUGCCAGGAUACCGAGUGAGGUUUAGGUUUGUUUUUAGUAGCUAGGAGCCUUAGAGAGCAGAGCAGCACUAUGCCCAUGUAAGAACACACAGCGCUGUCUGGACUUUGGACUCAGGCACACACACACUGAGGAUGACGUGUGUCUGCUAUGACUGCAUGAUCCAGAGUGAUAUGGAGAGGAAGCUGCAUUCAUGUCCAUUUAGAAAUAUGACUAAAAUCAAAUCCUUCUGCUUUCCAGGAGUUUAAACUUUGUGUGUGUGUGUGUGAAGGUCACAGCCUUCAGCAGUAUGACUCAUCUCUCUGGAUCUGAUGAGCACAUUCAUUACAUAACUAUGACCUCCUCUCUCCCUGGGUUGGGCCUGACACACUUCUGUCCUAUGGUGGGAUGAGUGGUCUGUGUGUGUCCGUGCUGUGGUGGACCCUUGCCUUGAGGGGGAGACCCAAUGAGACACAGGGAUGUGGAGCAGGAAAGGGAGUUACGGACUCAUCUCAGCAGAGAGGAGAUCAGACAGAAGGUCGAGCUGUACAACUCCUCCUCCAAGGACCACCUCAAAAUGACCCUGAACCCAAGUGGUGUGUAUACAGGGUUCAUCAAGGUGCAGUUGGAGCUGAUGAGACCCAUCACAGUACGAGAGGGCCGAGGAGGUGGGGGAGGAGAGGAGGUUUUCUACAUCCCCCGGGGGGUGACUAACACUCUUCACAUCAGCUCGAACAACACCGUACGACAGGUGAUCCAGGCCCUGUUGACCAAGUUCACCGUAGCUGACAAUCCUGCUAAAUAUGCCCUGUACAAACGCUGCCGCAGGGAGGAGCAAGUGUACGUGUGUAAGCUGUCAGAGGGAGAGCAUCCGUUGUUCCUGCGUCUGCUAGCAGGUCCCAACACCGACACAUUCGGCUUCGUCCUGAGAGAACAGCAGACUGGCGAGGUCAUGUGGGAUGCGUUCUCCAUCCCAGAGUUGAGUAACUUCCUGAGGAUGCUGGAGAAGGAGGAGACUGAUCGGGUGUGUUCCGUGACGCGUCGUUACGACAACUACAGACUCAAACUGCAGGAGGCCAUGAGAGCAGCAGGGGGGCCGGGGUAAUGCUACUACUGUCCCUGAAGGAGAGAGGACAAUGGGGGCUGGGAGCCAGAAGCCAGUCUGAGGGACACUGAGGGGAAAACUGGUCCAACCUGAUUCAGAAACUGGAGAGAGACAGACAGCUGGAAAAUACUCCAAAUUAUCAGUGGACCCCAUGUGCAAUACACUGGAUGGACACUAGAGGGCAGCUGUGGUUCCACUGCACUCAACCUGGACUUCACUAAGCAUUGAGGAGCACUCAAGAGACUAGCUCCAUGUCUUUACUGAGUAGGCCUACACCCUGUGUGCCAUAUCCACUCUUCUGUUCUCUCUUUCGAUCCUUCUGUUAAUGCGAUCUCUGUAGUUAGUUCCAUUUUUUAUUAUUUUAGAAUGGCCUUUUUGAACAUGUGAAUGAUUCAAACCCCAAAAUAUUUGAAUCAAUUUAUUUUGACUUUUUAUUUAAUUGGCGGAUGCAAUGGUUUGUACAUAUUGUGUAUUGUCGUUUUAAUUUAUGUGGGUGAAGCUUUGUUCUGUUUUUUUGCUGAAGUGGUUUUUAUUGUAUUCUAUGGAAGCGUGGCAACAAUCCAACCCCCAGUGGGAAUAGGGACAGAGUCGUGUGCUCACUGAUUUCUCUCACAGGGGUUAAU